AUGUGUAGCCUGUCAAAUCGUCGUAAUAUUAUUAUUAACGAUAUUAAUUCUGAUGGACAAAAGAAUUUAUUCUCAAAAUGUACUUGUCAUAAAUCAAGUCCUUAUCGUCCUAAUGAACCAUGGACAUUACAACACGCUUUAAUUUAUACAUAUGGAAUGUUUAUUGACAAGUCAAUUAUUGCUAAUGAAUGGACAAUGGAAUUAGAUCAAAUGUACUCAACCUUAUCAACAUCAAACAGAAAUAACAUGAUACAUUACGCGAUAUAUGAUUGUUUUGCAACAACAUGUUUAAUUCGACCCGUUACAUUAUAUUGGACAUUUCAACAGAUAAUAAAGAAUAUUAAUGAUGACAAUAAUGAUGAUGAAAUAACAGUUAAUCAGUCAUUACCAUUAAAUAAUAAUGAAUCAUUAUAUGAAGCAAUAUCUGAUGAUGAUAAUGAACCAAAUCCUGCAUUACCAGCAAAUGAUAAUGAUUUACGUGUCAACAACCAUGAUAUGGUUGAUGAUGUCCAUGAUUAUGAACAACAACAACAAUCUUUAACCAAGAAACGUCAAUUACAUAGUCGAACACGAUCAACUGAAGCUCGAAAACGACAAAAUCGAAAAAGAAAUCUUUAUUUCCGAAUGCAACAUUAUAGAUAUUUUAUCACUCGUCCAUUCUAUUACAGAUUUACAAUGAAAUUAGUUCGACAUAUUCUUGCUGAAUACAAUAUUUAUUAUACUCAUGUCAAACCACUUGAUGAUUUAUUACUUAUUGGUGUAAAAGAUAAAAUAAUUGAACAACAAAAUGAACGAAGAUUACCCGGUGAUAUAUUUGCUCGACGUCAUUAUUACUUGUUUCAUCGUCAAGCUCAAUAUUUAUCAAGAAGAUCAAAUGAUAUACAAGAGUAA